AUGGCUCUCCCUGUCGUACUCAGCCUGGUUGACUGUGCCGAUUACAGCAACACAGUCGUCCCCUACCUCUACCAGCUGGCGUCUCUCCCAAAUGUCUUCUUUUCUUCCAUCACCAACACUGCAGCCUUGAAGCAGUUGUACCUUGACACGAACCCUCUCAUUACCGCUAUUGCCUUUGCGGUUGCUCUGUCUCCCAUCUUCCUGCUGCUCUCCGAAAUCAACAGGAACUACUCCCAAGUAGACCGCGUUUGGUCAAUACUCCCGGCCGUCUACAACCUGCACUAUGCGGUUUAUUCUCACCUUGCCGGCGUGCAUACAGCGAGACUAGAUGUUCUUUGCGUUGUUAGCACGCUAUGGAGUGCUCGACUGACCUACAAUUACUAUCGAAAAGGAGGCUAUUCGAUUGGCAGCGAGGAUUACCGCUGGGCCACCAUCAAGGAAUAUGUUGGGCCAGCGUUGAUGUUCCUCUUCAACAUCCUGUUCAUCUCGCUAGCGCAGUCCCUGCUAUUGUUUCUCAUCACCACUCCAGCCUACAUUCUCCUGCUAACAGAACGCUUGGCGACCUACGACGGACCAAUUCAAUCCUGGAAUACGGUUGAUACUGUCGCAUCUGCCAUCAUGUUGGCCUUGAUUGCCAUCUCGUCCGUGGCAGAUCAGCAGCAGUGGAAUUACCAUGCUGCCAAAUCUCAAUAUCGCGAAACAGCCAAAGUACCACACGGCUGGGAACGAGCAGACCUGGACCGAGGCUUCCUCGCCAAAGGCUUGUUUGCUUAUUCGCGACAUCCAAAUUUCGCAGCAGAGCAAGGCGUUUGGGUUACAUUGUACCUGUGGUCGUGUCUGGCCACGGAGACUUGGUACAAUUGGAGCGGGAUCGGAGCAGCAUCCUACCUCAUGCUUUUCCAGUCCAGCACCUGGCUUACAGAGCUCCUCUCAUCGGGCAAAUAUCCUCAAUACAAGCAGUACCAGGAACAAGUGGGAAGGUUUUUGCCCAGCCCCGGUCGCGGCCCGCCGAGCUUUCGAGAACAUAACACAGCUCGGACGAAUGGUAGGGAGUUGAAGGAAAGACACGUGACAAAGACAAGAUAG